AUGGCAAUCCAAGAAAUUGUUUCUGAUCCAGAGCUCAGGAUCGCUCUGGAGACCUCAGCCCAGACUCGAGAGCAGGCGCUUGAUCUUCUCGAUCAGAUCUCGAAACAUCCGUCUACCUCUCGCAGCGCCGAAUUGCAACGACAAAUCUCGAGACAGCAGAAAACUCUCCAGACCCACCUGGGACAACUUCGAGGCCUUCAUCGAGAUGCGCACGUUGGUGCUCGGCAGACAAAGGCAUUGACGACAGAGGCGCGUCAACAGGUGGACAAGCUACAUUUGCAAUUGCAGAAUCUAUACUACGAGCAACGACAUCUACAAGGAGAGAUCACAGCAUGCGAGUCCUACGAUCACAAGUAUCUACAAUUACCUCUGAUCCCGGUCGAACAAUUCCUAGCAGAACAUCCUGAGCAUGCUGAUGCAGACGAAGUUGCUUUGACCAUUGCGCGCAUCGAACACGAACAUGCAGAACGCCUGGCUCUUGAAGAACAAAGGCAGGGUCUCCUGAAGAAGAAGCAAGGUCUUAUCGCGGACAACAAAAAGAGAAAGGAGGAUCUUGCAAACCUCGACAAAGAUCUCGAGAAGUUCAUCGAUGCUGCCAAACCGAUACAGAAGACCUUUGAGAAGGUAGUGUGA